AUGCGGCAGUCUGGCCUGGUGACUGCCCUUGUUGCCCUGAGCUCCUUUACUUUCCCAUUACUAGCUAAUGCACAAGGUGAAACCAAGAUCCAUGAAAAGGGCCGAUGUGCCAUUCGGGGUCAGUGUGGAAAGCAAUCGAUCUUUGGCGGCGACCUUCCCUGUCCAGAUAAUGAUCUGGCUCAUCAACCUCCAGAAUCCACGCGACAAAAAUUAGUUGCUUUAUGUGGAUCCAAGUGGGAAGACGGUCCCGUUUGCUGUCUUGAUGAACAGAUCGAUGCCCUCUCGAAGAAUCUCAAACUCGCCGAAGGCAUCAUCGCAUCCUGCCCAGCCUGCCGAGAAAACUUCUUCAACACUUUCUGCACAUUUACUUGCUCCCCGGACCAAUCACUAUUUAUAAACGUGACACAAACUGUCGAAAAAGCAGAGAAGCGGUUGGUGACUGAGCUAGACAACGUCUGGUCAGAAGAGUACCAGAGUGGGUUUUAUGACAGCUGCAAGAAUGUGAAAAAUGGAGCUUCGGGCGGUAAAGCGAUGGACUUUAUCGGUGGUGGAGCGAAAGAUUACCCACACUUCCUGAAAUUCUUGGGCGACAAGAAGUUCCUCGGGAGUCCUUUUCAGAUCAAUUAUCUCACCGAACCCCGUAAUCCGGACGAGGGCAUGGAGGCUUUACAAAUCACGACCAAGGCAUGUAACGAUCCUGACAAAUCAUUCCGCUGCUCCUGCGUUGAUUGCCCAGAUGUGUGCCCAGAGCUACCUGCCCUAUCCAUACCAAAGGCAUGCCAUGUAGGCCUUCUGCCAUGCGUAUCUUUUGCCGUCAUCAUCAUCUACUCUGCAUUUCUUCUAUUGGUUAUGGGACUUGCUAGCUAUGUCACGGUCAAGGAACGUCGUUACCGUAAGCCGGAGCGAGUGCGGUUGCUCCAAGACCCCAGUCCCAGCGACGAUGAAUACGAAGGUGAGGCGGUGCAUCGAGGAGGGUACAUGGAGCAACCCCAGGGAAUCUAUAAGCCCAAUUCGAUGUUGUCUGCUCUUUUCUACCGUGUCGGUGGAGCGAGUGCACGAUUUCCAGCUAUCACGAUUGGCUCUAGCAUUCUUGUGGUGCUUCUUCUCAGCUUGGGAUGGCUGCGGUUUACGAUUGAAACAGAUCCAGUGCGCCUAUGGGUAAGCCCCUCAUCCGCUGCAGCUCAGGAGAAAGCAUACUUUGACGAAAACUUCGGUCCUUUUUUUCGUGCCGAACAGGCCUUUCUGGUGAACGACACGGGUCCGGUCCUCAAUUACGACACACUCACGUGGUGGUUUGGAAUUGAGUCCCAUGUGCGGCAUAUGAUCACCGAUGAUGGUCUCAAUCUAGAAGAUGUGUGCUUCAACCCAACCGGUGAUGCUUGUGUGGUGCAAUCAUUGACUGGGUACUUUGGCGGCUCCGCCUCCCAGCUUGACCCCAAUACCUGGCAGGCCCGACUGACUCACUGCACUGAAUCACCGGGCGAUCUCACAUGUCUCCCAGGUUUUUCACAGCCUCUGAAACCUGAGAUGAUUCUAGGCGGUUAUGAUGAAUCUGGAAAUGUCCUGGAUGCCAAGGCAUUAGUGGUGACUUGGGUUGUGAACAACUUUGCCCAGGGGACCGAAGGCGAGAAGAAAGCUAUCAGUUGGGAGAACAACUUCCGUCGUUAUUUUGAGGUCGUCCAGCAAGAGGCCGCCGAGCGUGGUCUUCGCGUAUCUUUCAAUUCCGAGGUUAGUCUGGAACAAGAGCUGAACAAGUCCACGAACACAGAUGCAAAGAUCGUAGUCAUCAGCUACUUGAUAAUGUUUCUUUAUGCUUCACUUGCUUUGGGAUCUGUCACCGUUAGCUGGAGGUCUCUUUUAUCCAACCCUUCCAAUGCUCUGGUGCAAUCAAAGUUCACAUUGGGUAUUGCUGGGAUUCUAAUUGUCCUAAUGUCCGUGUCUGCUUCGGUUGGAUUGUUUUCGGCCGCAGGCGUGAAGGUGACCCUAAUAAUCGCAGAAGUGAUUCCUUUCUUGGUUCUAGCUGUGGGAGUCGACAAUAUCUUCUUGAUCGUCCAUGAAUUCGAACGCGUCAACUUCAGUCAUCCUGAGCAAGAAAUUGAGGAACGGAUUGCCCGCGCCGUGGGAAGAAUUGGUCCUAGUGUCUUCCUCUCCGCGCUAACUGAAACUGUGGCAUUUUCUUUGGGUGUCUUCGUCGGUAUGCCUGCAGUCAAAAAUUUUGCUGCGUACGCUGCUGGUGCCGUUUUCAUCAACGCUAUUCUUCAAGUCACCAUGUUUAUCUCCGUGCUUGCCCUCAACCAGAAGCGAGUAGAAAGUAAUCGAGCCGACUGUCUUCCAUGCCUCAAAAUUCGGAAAGCGAACUCCUCCGGCAUGCCUAACGAGCAAAUAUAUGAUGACCAAGAAGCGGAGAGUACUUUGCAGACCUUCAUUCGUCGGGUAUAUGCCCCGUUCAUCCUUGAUCGCCGUGUAAAGGCAGUUGUUGUCAUUAUCUUCCUAGGGCUUUUGACUGCAGGCUUGGCCUUAAUCCCUGAGGUAGCUAUCGGGUUGGAUCAGCGAAUCGCGCUUCCAAGCGACUCCUAUCUCAUAUCUUACUUUGAUGAUCUUGAUGUCUAUUUCCGCACUGGACCACCGGUAUACUUCGUCACACGAAAUGUCAAUUUGACAGAGCGACACCAUCAGCAACAGCUCUGUGGACGUUUCACCACCUGUGAAGAGUUUUCGUUGCCAUUUGUAUUGGAGCAGGAAUCCAAACGUCCAAAUGUUUCAUAUGUGGAUGGGUCAACUGCCAGUUGGAUUGAUGACUUCUUUUACUGGUUGAACCCCCAGCAAGAUUGCUGCAAAGAAAACGACAAGCUUUGCUUCGAAGGCCGGAUACCGCCGUGGAAUAUUUCUCUAUACGGAAUGCCGACGGGAGCUGAAUUUAUCCAUUAUGUUCAGAAAUGGAUCGAUUCUCCAACUGACGCUUCUUGCCCACUGGGUGGAAAAGCACCUUACAGCAACGCACUGGUUAUUGACAGUGCUCACACCAUGAUCAAUGCUAGCCACUUUCGCACCAGCCACACUCCCCUGCGAAGCCAGAAUCAGUUUGUCCAAGCUUACAUGUCGGCUCGUCGAAUCGCCGAUGGAAUAUCCCGCGAACAUGGCAUUGACGUUUUCCCUUAUUCAAAGUUCUAUAUCUUUUUCGAUCAAUACGUGACUAUCGUGCAACUCACGGGCACUCUUCUGGGAUCGGCUGUUGCCAUUAUAUUCCUUCUUACUUCUGCUAUUCUAGGAUCAGUUGCCACCGGUGCGGUUAUCACAGUCACGGUGAUGAUGACGGUGGUUGAUAUCAUUGGCACAAUGGCCAUUGCCGGUGUUUCCCUCAACGCUGUAUCUCUGGUGAAUCUCAUCAUAUGUGUGGGUAUCGGUGUCGAGUUCUGCGCUCACAUUGCUCGCGCAUUCAUGUUCCCCUCGCGUACCCUGCUGGAGAAGGCUCCUGCCCAAUUCCGUGGCAAGGACGCCCGUGCCUGGGCUGCUCUAGUUAAUGUUGGUGGUACCGUCUUUAGCGGUAUCACCGUUACUAAGCUUUUGGGGGUUUGUGUUCUCGCAUUUACUCGGAGCAAGAUUUUCGAAAUCUACUACUUCCGAGUCUGGCUAGCACUUGUUAUUUUUGCUGCCACUCACGCUCUCAUAUUCUUGCCAGUAGCCCUCAGUUACUUUGGCGGUGGUGGAUACUUCGACCCUGCCUCUGACGGUGGUCUGGAAGCCAACCUUGCUGCUCGGGGUUACCGAUCAUUGCUGGUCGAUGAUGAUUACGACUCCGAUGAAUACUAA